UUACUACAGAAGUAACGCUCGCGUAAACGUAGUAUAUGUGUAAUUUGUCGGUACAAAAUAUCUCUUCCCUUUUCUUAGAUUUAACAUACCGUACCAAAUUGCUGGAAAACGCAAAGAAAAAUUUAAGAGAAAGCGAUGAUACAACAGAAAAAGAAGCUGUCGAUGAUAGUGAAACUUACAAUGAUGGUUUUAGAUGGGUAAACCAAGCAGUCAGGUUAUUGUUGGCAGCAUACAAGGAUCGUGAAGACCUGUUGAUCAAAGGAAAAGUAUCCGUAAAGAAAUUUUGGGAAAUAAUUUCUCAUAAAGGAAAAGUCCUACAACAUUACAGGACCCCAAUGUAAAAGCAAAUUUCACAGUUUAAAAAAAACAUAUAAAAACAUUAAAGACCACAACGCUAAAAGUGGCAACAACAGGCGCACUUGGCCUUUCUUCGAAAUUAUGGACGAAAUGUUUGGCCAUAAACCAUGGAUAAAUCCAAUUCUAACUUUGGAUUCUGCAAAUGACAUCCCAUCUGGAAGUUCUAUUUGCAGCAACAGUGACACCACAUCUCCAUCUCCAGAGAUGUCUCUAUCACCAUCCUUACUUACUUCUACUAAUGAAAGACCUAAAAAACGUAAGAAAAUUGAAGAAACUGCUUUGAAAGAUCUGGUUGCAAUUGCGAAAGAAAAUAAGGAAGAAAGAAAAAAUAUGUAUGAAGAGACUGCGGCAAGACAAGAGCGACUGUUACAUAUUUUAGAAAGCAUUGCCAACAAAAUGUAAUAAAUUUUGUUGGCACAAUAAGUGCAAUUCUUAUACCAAUAAUUUUUUUUUUAAACCAAAGCAAAGAUAGUUUUUAUUUUUAUAUUUUAAUUGCAAUA